AUGGGCAGUCUGUCUAGAGAAGUUGAUGAGUGGACCCAGGAGCCCAAUCUCCAUCCGAAGAGAAGACCAAUCCCUGCCGCUCAACGAGGAGUGGCCGCCUCAAGCAGCUCUGAACAAUUCAAGACCAAGAUCAGCAAGCACAAGCCACAGGCCAGACGAUGGCAUCCAUACAUCAGUGCAGAGUCAGCGAAUCGCACAGGAUCAACUCUCAAGAAGGCUGUGGAGCAUCUUUCCAAUCCAAAUACCAUCUCACUGGGGGGUGGUAUUCCUCUGAGUGACUUUUUUCCGAUUGACGAAAUUAGCCUGAGACCACAUUCACUCAACAAUAUCGAGACGAGGGAGAAGACGUCCUCCCAAACGACACUGCAUGCUACUAAGCACGAUAUUGCCGAUGAAACCAGCGUAUAUGAUCUCUCUGUCGCCUUAAAUUACUGCCCAGGCUAUGGAUCAGCUCAAUUCAUGCGAUGGAUUAUAGAGCAUACGGAGAUUGUCCACGAUCCACCUUACGCUGACUGGCAAUGCUCCAUGACAAUUGGCAACACCUCGGCGUUUGACAUGUGCCUGAGAAUGUUGACAGAGCCAGGUGACUGUAUCUUAGCCGACAAAUACACAUAUUCAUCCUCAGUCGAGACCGCUAUGCCGCUGGGAGUCAAAUUCAUCGGAGUCGACAUGGACCGCGAGGGCAUGCUUCCUGACAGCCUUGAUGAGAUACUUGAGAAGUGGAAUCCUGCGAAACAUAACAACGCAAGAAAACCAUCGGUUUUAUACGCAAUCCCGACCGGCCAAAACCCUACUGGCACCACUCAAAGCCUCCAACGCCGCAAGGCAAUCUACGGAGUGGCCCAGAAGCAUGAUUUGAUCAUUCUCGAGGAUGAUCCGUAUUACUUCCUGCAGAUGGAUGAAUACGGCUCUACUGCGUCUGAGAUUCAGUCACCUGUCGAAUUCUUAAAGAGGCUUGUCCCUUCAUAUCUCCGCUUAGAUAUUGACGGACGAGUCAUGCGCAUGGAUUCUUUUAGCAAGGUCGUCAGCCCCGGGGCUCGCCUGGGCUGGAUUACAGCGUCUGCGCAGCUCAUUGAGCGAUACAAGAGCCACAGUGAUGUUUCAACCCAGAGCCCUUCCGGUCUGAGCCAAUUGGUGUUUUUCAAACUCCUGGAUGAGCAUUGGGGACAUGAAGGCUACACAAGGUGGUUGAUGCACUUGCGAAAACAGUACACCAUGAGAAGAGACUUCAUUUUGUCUGCUUGCGAGCGUUACCUGCCAAGACAAAUUGUUAGCUGGGAGCCAGCCAAUGCAGGCAUGUUUCAAUGGCUCAAGGUAGACUGGGAACAGCACCCCAAUGCUAAAGACAAGACAGCCGACCUUGUUGAAGAGGAAAUCUGGCUAGAAAGCAUCUCGGCUGGAGCAUUGGUCGGUCGCGGCUCCUGGUUCCGUUCAUCGAAAGACGUGCCCAGCAACGAAGUAUUCUAUCGAACCACUUUUGCCGCAGCCCCGCUGCCCAAGAUUGAGGAGGCUAUCAAGCGCUUUGAGCGAGGCCUCCGACCCGACUGGCAGGGUUACUGCUAUGCAUAG